AUGCCGGCUUUUGGCGUCUCGGUUGGCGAUGUCAUCGCCACCAUUGAGCUCAUUCAAAAGCUGCUCGGGGCGCUUAAGUCAACCACUGGUGCUGCUGCUCACUAUCAGCGGACAAUCAUCGAGAUAGGGAGUCUUGGAAGAGUCCUUCGCGAUAUCGAGAGACUGGCAGCAAAUGACAUUGAUGACGAUACUACUCGCAUCAACAGCCUCCGAGCCGCGGCGUUUGCAACCUGGCUCACACUACGAGACUUCUUGCAAAGGUUGCAAAAAAUCAUCAAGGCCAUGCAAUGGACUCUGAGCAUGGAUGAAGAGGUUGACAAGCUCCAGCUGUAUGUUGCUGGCCAGUUGCUCAGCAUCAUUACCCAAUUGCAAAUGCUCGGACGAGAAAUUUCUAGUAGACGAGAGGCUAGACGACGUGCAGAACACGAACAAUUGUCCAAUGUCAUGCAGAGUUACAGCCAUGCGGUCAAAGAUAUCAGCACUAUGAUUUCCUCAAUGGCGAAUGACGGCGAUAGGCACAGACGAGAGGUGGAAUCUCUUGCGAGACACGUUACUAGGAAUACUAGAAUGCUGACUGAUUUAAGUCAAAGUAUCAAUCAAGGUCCUUCAAACGCCACCGACACCAUAACACUCUACGAUCCUCUGGGGCGCAAGUUUUCACUACCUUAUACUUAUUUCAAACACUUUUUGACGGCUUUGUUAAACACGCGUUCUCAGAGGUGGGGCCUUCCUGGGUCUAUUCAAGUGAAACAUGGUAACUUCGUCAUAUCUCCAACUAGCUCCGACGGCAAGGCCCUCGCCAAGUCCGGUUGGACUUCCAACAUUUUUCCGGGAGCAGCAUUCGCAAUGACAAUUGUUCUCACGAUGCUCAAAUUGCCCGUUCGGCAAUGUCCCAGGCCCAGCUGCGGCUACAAAUUCUCGGACAUAACAGAGACUGAGACAGACAUUCGUUACCUGCCCAAAAUGUGA